CUGCGCUGUGAAAUUCGCGCUGCGCAUGCGUGCACUUCUGUCUCCAACAACAAGAAGCAAGAGCCAGCCAACAUGGCCGACCUGGGGAAGAAGUACUGCGUUAACUGCCUCGCAGAUGUUACAAACCUGCGGCUUCGCUGCACCGACUGCCCGGACAUCGAGCUGUGUCCGGAGUGCUUCUCUGCGGGCGCGGAGAUCGGGAACCACCGGAGAUGGCACGGCUAUCAGCAGGUCGACGGCGGCCGCUUCUCUCUGUGGGGGACCGAGGCGGAGGGAGGCUGGACUGGCAGGGAAGAGCAGUCGCUGCUCGAUGCUAUCGAACAAUAUGGAUUUGGAAACUGGGAGGACAUGGCUGCCCACGUUGGAGCAUCCCGAACUCCACAGGAAGUUAUGGAACACUACGUCACUAUGUACAUUCAUGGGAACCUGGGUAAAGCCUGCAUCCCCGACAGCAUUCCCAACCGGGUGACGGACCACACCUGCCCGAGCGGGGGGCCUCUGUCUCCGAGCCUCACCACACCACUCCCCCCACUGGAUAUCAGCCUGGCUGAGCAGCAGCAGCUGGGAUACAUGCCGCUACGUGACGACUAUGAGAUUGAAUAUGACCAGGACGCUGAGAAGCUCAUCAGCGGGCUGUCUGUCAACUACGAUGAUGAGGAUGUGGAAAUUGAAAUGAAACGUGCCCAUGUGGAUAUGUACGUGCGCAAGCUGAGAGAACGCCAGCGGCGAAAGAACAUCGCCCGAGACUACAACUUGGUACCAUCUUUCCUGGGCCGAGACAAAAAAGACAAGGACAAGGAGAAGGAGAAGCCAGGAGUGCUGGGAGUUGUAAGCAGUGCUGGUGGUGUUGGAGGUGCAGGAACUGGUGGUGGUGCAAUCGGUUUAGGUUCCACGACAGCAGUGGGAUCAGGUCCUGUUCCCAGCACGCCCAAAAGAAAGAUCACCAAGGAGGAGAAGGAGCAGCGGGUCAGACUGCGGGGGCUCUGCCAGUUCAUGGCCCAUCGGGAGUUUGAGGACUUUUUUGAGAACAUGCACAAAGAGCGCGUGCUGAGGGCCAAGGUGCGUGAGCUGCAGCGAUACCGCCGCAAUGGCAUCACCCGCCUGGAAGAGUCUGCUGAAUAUGAAGCAGCGCGCCACAAACGGGAGAAACGCAAGGAGAACAAAAGUGUGGUCACCUCCAAACGGGGCAGCGGAGGAGGGGGCGGGCUCGGCUCUGGGAUGGGACUCGGGGGUGGAGCUGGAGGAGGAGGAGGUAUCGCUGGUGGGUUGGGGGUCGGAGUUGGGAUUAAAGAAGAAGGAAAAGAUGGUGAGUUCACGGCCAUCGAGAAUCUGACGGGCUUUGAGUUGCUGUCGGACAGAGAGAAGGUGCUGUGUAACUCUCUGAACCUUAGCCCAGCACGCUACCUCACUGUCAAAACAAUCAUCAUCAAAGAUCACCUGCAGAAGAGGCAGGGCAUUCCGGCAAAGAGCCGGCUGCCCAGCUACCUGGACAAGGUCCUCAAAAAGCGCAUCCUCACCUUUCUCACUGAGAGUGGCUGGAUAUCCCGAGACGCCUCGUAGUGAUCUGUCUGUAGUCAGGAAGUAAAGUGAUGAUAGCUGUUUGCUACAAUCACCAGGUGGGACGAAACUACUGGCUUCCUUCAUGGUGACCAUGUGUAUAUGUACAUUGCAAAGACAAACAAUGCACCACUGGAAACAAAGUUUAUUUUUAUACCAGGGCUAAGAACAAAAGGAAGCCUAUAUUUUCACAUUAGGAAAGGGAGAGCGGUGAAAAACAACGCUGUGGGUUCAUAGUAUUUUGUAUCCAUCUUGUUACUACACGAACUAAAAUGCUAACAAAUGUUUGCUAGUUGCAGAGAUAUUUUAGUGUUAUUGCAGCAGGUUAAUCUAAGAUUUAAAGUCCCAACAUGGACACUGCAAAAGUUAGUUUAUGCUGAAUAGAAAUGCGAAUGAGAACAUUACAUUUCCUGGAAAUGUUUAAAAGUAGUUUUUUUGGAUGAAAACUUGAUAGUGUGGUACUGAUGGGUAACAGAAAUAUUCACUCUUGUUGUAAAUGUUUUUCAGGAUUUUUACUAAAGGCAAAACUUUGUUUGCUAUUUCAGUUCAACAAGCAAGACACAUUAACACAGUAGGAGAUAGCUUUGAGAAUUGUCUAACAUUUUACAGUUUUUGAGAUGGGGCUGUAUGAGGUCAGUGUAUUACCUACAGCAGACAGCAGUCAGCACACUGCUUGUUUGGAGAAGCAGACAUGAGGGCCUACAUGAAAGCUAAGCUAUGCAGCAAAAGGUACUUUUGCCACCUCAAGAAAGUCCUACCCAAAAAACUGAAUGAUUCUAUACGCUCGAUUGAGAAUAUUUUUACCUGCUUACCUUGCCGUCAGACAGCCCUUUCCUUUGGCAUUACAUUUUGUCAACCAUAGAAAUUAUUUACACAUAAGCGCCACUGUGCUGUUCACUGUAUGAGGCCACAGGUCAGCUUUUUCGGGUCAGAAAUUGUUGAUAUAUAUAUAUAUAUAUAUAUACAUAUGUAUAUAUGGCUGUGCAUUUUGCUGUUAACCCCCCAUCUACACAGUACAUGGCCUAGCUUCUGUGGUGGUACUCCUGUCUGCUUCCCCAAACUGGGAAUGUGCCAUCAACCAUCUACUCUCCAUGUAGGUAAUACUGUGGAGGAGUACUUCAUACAGUCCCACAUCAAGAAAACCUCAAGUUUCCCUACAAGGCCCUAUUUUACUACACAUUGUCAUAAAUCUUCAGUAAACUCUCAAUUCUCUGACAUUUUUUUUCCUUCUUCCUGCCUACAAUGGAAGGAGAAGAAGCAGCAGGGUUGAGCCAUGGUUUAGCUCUCUGAAGUGAAGGCAUUCAAUAUCAGGGUCCCGCAGAUACAGGCUGACAUAGAGCUGUUAGUAGCUUAGCAUUGUUCUAUCAGUUUGAGCACUGAUGUCAUCCAAUAAGGAACAAGAAAUGUAAGUAAAGAAAUGCCAAAGAAUAUUAAAGUUUUAUGCAGGUACAGAGUUGUUGUUUCACCAUCUGUCCAGCAGAGGGUGAUGGAGAGUUUGUUUUUCAACUGAAAAAAGGCAGACUGAACAACACAGUGACAGUCACAAUUCUGAAUUUUCCAUUUGUUGGUAAAUCCUGAUAGUUUCUUACAUAUUCCAAAUGAGACCACAGUGAGAUACAGAAAUCUCUUUUGUGUAAAAAAAAAAAGAAACGGUAAGUCAUUAAAGCUGACUGACAAAAUGUUGGUCUUAAAAUAAAUAUCACUUUACAUAUUGACUUCAGAAAUCAUGUAUUAGUUGGGCUCUAAUUUAUUUUGUACGUAAGUUUUAGUUCGACCACUGAAAUGAGUACGAACAAUGAACUCUCCACUUUGUGAAUAUGUCCCAAAAUCUUUACAUUCACUCAAACAGUGCAACUUGGCAAAGCUUCAAAUCUUCUGCUGCCCAUGAAUGUGUAACCAAUUCAACUCAAAUGCUAAAUUGCAAUUCCAAGACUAUUGUUUAUUAAUAUUCCCCCUCUUUAUCUCACAUGGCAGUGUUCCUUAUUGUAUGCAUUUGAGUUUCCACAGUCCCAUCUCCAAACUGCAGCAGUGUGACUGACCUCUUCAUGUGCACACAGCCUUCCAUCUGUUGCUACACACAGAGAUCCUGAAUGCUUUAAAUAAAAGCAAAUUAAAUACAUUUAUUUAAAUUAAUAUAAUGCUUAAACUUUGAGAUUCCUGAAAGCUAAUUUAAAAUCCCCUUUUUAUAUAUAUUUUCGUUUUGACAUCAGCCUGCUAUAUAUUCUCUUUGAUCAACAUAUUCAUGAUUAUUUACAGUUAACUGUCAUUAUAGGCAGAGGCAAAAUGAAUCAUUUAAAUCACUGCAAGUGUGACUUCAAACAGGAAGUAUGUGGAAGAGAAGUGAGGAUC